AAUACGAGCAUUUGCAGAUUAUACUGAAUAAUUGAUUCGAAUUCUUGAAACUUAAAACAGUGAAAAUGAAAGUUCUUGCUAUUUUUGCUUUGUGUAUCAUCGGGGCAUUUGCUACUCCAUGUGAUGACUUCAAAAUAAUGCAGGAAGCAUGGAAUACAAUGAAAAAUGAAGAAGUUGAAAUCCUCUACACAGUUUUCAAAGCUUAUCCAGACAUUCAAGCUAAAUUUCCACAAUUUGUUGGAAAGGACUUGGAAACAAUCAAAGGAACUGCUGAGUUUGCAGUUCACGCAACUAGAAUUGUCAGCUUUAUGACAGAAGUCAUUUCACUCCUCGGUAAUCCUGACAAUCUUCCAGCAAUCAUGACUCUCCUCUCUAAAUUGGGAAAAGAUCAUAAAAGUCGUGGCAUCACAGUGAAGCAAUUUGAUGAAUUCCAUGAAGCCUUCCAUAAUUUCUUGCACACACACUCAGCAUGGAAUGACAAUGUUGAUGCUGCUUGGCACUGCAAUGAAAAGAAAAUCCGUAAAGUAAUCAACGCUAACCUUGAAUAAAGUAUGUUUUUACUUGAUGCUUAAGCUAACAAUCAGCAAAAGAAAGUCGAGAUCUAAAAAUAGAACAAUUUGACAUUUGAUUAAUAAAACUUUCUGUUAUCAAAA